AAUGAUGAUUGCACCUGUAAUAGCCAAUCUCGGACCAUUGGAGGAGCUCUCUUUUCGACCUAAUCCAAGUGAGGUGGAAGAGAUUUUUACCCUGACGUUUGAGCAUCUAUGUCAACCCCAAAACAGAGGCUACACGCACUUCCGCACUGGAGACCGUUACGGGUACACACUCCCGGUGUUUCACAGCCCUAAGCGUCGAGUCUGGGGUCUUACAGCAGUGGCCCUGGAUCACACGCUCAAAAUUAUUGUGCCACCAAAGCAGCUGUUGGACCACAGCGUGGUUCAGUAGCACCUUCAGCAGACAGACUGCUUGUAAAUCAUAGUGGUCCAUACAAAACUUCAUUUUCAGUUUCCAAAAGAUGUUUGUGGUGCAAUAUGACACAGCCAUUUCUCUGAGA